AUGGGAAGCGAGGAUGGGGUUGCGGAUGGGAGAACUGGAAGAAGAGGAAAAAGAGGUGGGGGGGGGGGGGGGGGGGGGGUGGGAGGGGAGGGGAGUCUUGGUAACUACAAAUACCCAUCUACCACCAAUGACAACAGUUCUCUCUUCUCUCCCCCUUUCCCUCCCUCCAGCCUCCAAACCUGCAGUUUAGACCCCUUUGCUCAAAUGUAUCUCAAUGCUUAA